CUUUCUGUACACCUGAAGGUGUUACAGACAUUUACAAUUUUAUCAACCUGUUAUAUGGUAUAUGUGGCAAAACGUUUGUAUAAUCAAAUAGAGGAAAGGAUAGAUAACUAAAUUCCUCCCACUCGCAGUACAGAAUGUCUCCAGAUGAAAGAAAUAACGGGGUGCAUUGGGGUGAAUUGCUUCUUUCCAUCGUGCUGUCCAGUUUUCUGGAUAUAUGCCGUGGAGAUAUUCUGUUUUCGGUUCCAGAAGAAUUACAACCUGGUACCUUGGUUGGCAACAUCGAAAAUAGCUUUGGUUUGCGGGUUAUAAAUGGAUCUGAUCAUCAAUUCCGUUUCGUUUCUGGAGACAGUAAGCAACCUUUAUUUACCACUUCUGUGAGCGGAGACAUAUUUGUAAAUGACCGAAUUGACAGGGAAACACUAUGCGGCAUCAAGAUGCCCUGCUAUGUUAAUAUGAAAUUGAUUAUGAACAAUCCAUUAGAAAUGCAUAGUGUGAAACUAGAAAUAGAGGAUAUAAAUGAUAAUGCACCAGCAUUUCCUUUUACUGAUUUACAAUUAAGUGUUCUGGAGUCAGUACGUCUAGGGACAACAUUCACUUUACAAAUUGCGCACGAUCCAGAUGUGGGAUCGAAUGGGUUACAAUCCUACCACCUUAACCCAAGUGGAUAUUUUUCUUUCGAUUUUCAACAUUCUGACGACAGAGUUAAUGUGCCGCAGCUUGUCCUGGAACAACAUUUAGAUAGGGAGCGAGAAUCCGUUCAUCACCUGGCUUUAAUAGCUGUUGAUGGUGGGCAGCCUGUGAGAUCCGGUACCCUUAAUAUCACCAUCAAUGUAUUAGAUGCCAAUGACAAUGCACCAACAUUUGUUCAAUCUACUUAUAAAACCAGCCUGAAUGAGGACGCUCCCAUAGGAACUUUAAUAAUCCAACUUAGAGCUACGGAUUUAGAUGAAGGCGCUAACGGUGCAAUUGAGUAUUCAUUUAGCAGCCACACCCCAGACAACAUACGCAGCUUGUUCCACAUACAUCCCACAACUGGGCAAAUCCGAUUAAAAAAUACACUUGAUGUUGAGGAGGCAAGCAGGUAUGAGCUUCACGUACAAGCCACAGACAGAGGGCCGUCUGCACUGUCUGAUUACUGUAAGGUUUUACUGGACAUCAUAGACGUAAAUAACAACAGACCAACUAUCCUCUUAACUUCUGUUGCAAAUUCAAUCAGCGAGAGUGCCCCGAGUGGGACAGUGGUUGCUUUGAUCAGUUUAUCUGAUAAAGAUUCUGGGAUGAAUGCCUAUGUGAACUGCAAAAUCCCUGAUAAUAUUCCCUUUACUCUCAGAAAAGUGGAGGACUACUACACUCUUGAAACUAAUAGCCCUUUAGACCGAGAAUCGGUGGCUCGUUACAAUGUUUCAGUAAUUGCCACAGAUUCUGGAAUUCCUCCUCUUUCUACUGAAACAUUCAUUUUCAUUCAGGUUCAGGAUAUUAACGAUAAUCCCCCGCAGUUUACCGAAAUUUCUUACAAGUGUUUUAUUGCAGAAAAUAACUAUCCUGGAGACCGUUUGUGUCAGGUCACAGCCAUUGAUCCGGAUUUGGAAGAAAACUGUACACUUACGUACUCGAUUGCGGAUGAAAACAUUCAUAAUGUGUCUGUUUUUAACUACGUAUCAGUUGACUUUGAAAGUGGCCAUGUGUAUGCAAGGACUAUUUUUGAUUACGAGAAAAUUAAGGAGCUGGAAAUACAAGUCAUAGCUAAAGACCAAGGCAACCCGUCUUUAAACAGCACUGCGAAGCUGACCAUAUCAAUAAUAGAUCAGAAUGACAAUAGUCCGAUAUUCCUACAUCCUCCAGUAUCAGUUGGGAAUGUGCCCAUAGAAAUGAUCCCAAGGUCAGCAGAAGCUGGAUUUUUGGUAACAAAGGUAAUAACUGUGGAUGAAGAUUCUGGUCAGAAUGCUUGGCUGUCCUACCAGUUACUACAGUCCACUGACAGCCUUUUUGAUAUCGAUAAGCAGACCGGUGAAAUAAGGAUCGUUCGGUCAAUAAGUGCCAAAGAUAACAGCAGACAAAAACUGGUUGUAGAAGUGAAGGACAAUGGAAUACCAAGGCAGUCUGCUACAGUGACCAUCGGUUUAUUACUUUACGAUAAUUUUCCUCCAUUACUUCCAGAUUUUGGAGAUCUUGUCGAAAAUAAAGAAAAAGUAUCUAACACAAAUAUAGUUUUAAUUAUCAGCGUGAUCGCAAUCUCAUUCUUAUUUCUUGGGGUAUUGAUCAUAUCUGUCUCACUCACUUGCUGCAAAUCCACUAAUUACGACAGAAGGUCAUGUCCUCCAGCUUGCUGUGCUGAUGACUUUGAUACCUAUAAAUUACAAAUUCCAGGACAUCCAGACUGUACUUUACAAAAUAACCUUCUGCAAAUCGCUGAUACUGGAACGCUUCUACACGGGUACAAUUAUAUGGCUUUCUUGGGCCAAGUGUCUCCCAGCAAAAAAAUAUUCCUAAACAAGACACACUUAGAAUCCAUAGUAAACAAUCCCAUUGGCGCAACUCAGUAUAACAUUCCGAUCCAGAAGAAUGAUGCUGAGAGUGAUGCUUUGCUGAUGAUCAAACCAUUAAAGACAUUUUCAGUAGAGCUUCAUGGUCCCAAAGGACACCUUUUUUGUUUUACCAACUACAAGAAGCAGUUUAUUGGUUUGGUUGUUAUUUCCCAGAAUAUUCGCUUUUUUCCAAGCCGUGGAGACAUUAUUUUCUUUAUUCCAGAAGAGCUGCAACCUGGCACUUUGGUUGGCAAGGAAGAGAAUAAUUUGGGAUUAGCUAUAAGAAAUGUGUCCGGUCAUCAGUUCCGUCUUGUUUCUGGAGAUAAUAAGCAGCAUUUAUUUGUUUCUGAGAACGGGGACAUUUUUGUACAGGAAAGAAUUGACAGAGAAAUAAUGUAUGAUACUUAA